GUCUUCGUUACGCUGCGCCUCCUCGCCUCUUCAUCUUCCUGGUCUAUUAACCGAUAUAUACGUCUUGCUCUAUACACAUGUCCCUCCAUGAGGUCGCCCCUCACUCCUACGAGCUCGAUGACGCCCAUCCACUGGUGAAGCUGCUGAAGAAGAACUACCGCUGGUACUCUCCCAAGUUCUCGCCGCGUGAUGUGCCGGUGUUCGCUGAUGUGAGCAGCGUGACCGAGUCGCCGGAGACGAUGAAGGCGAUCCGCGAUUAUCUCGUGGCGCGCUACAAGGCGAUGACCCCACAGCCGACCCACAUUCUCGGUUUUGAUGCGCGCGGGUUUUUGUUCGGGCCGAUGGUGGCCGUUGAGCUCGGCAUCCCGUUCGUUCUCAUGCGCAAAGCGGAGAAGAACGCUGGCCUGCUCAUCAAGAGCGAACCGUACGACAAGGAGUACAAGGAGGCGGCGCCGGAGGUGUUGACUAUUCGCUGCGGCAGCAUUCGCAAAGGCUCUCGCGUGGUGCUGAUCGACGACGUACUCGCGACCGGCGGCACGGCGCUCUCCGGCCUGCAGCUGGUCGACGCGAGCGGGGCGGAGGUGGUGGAGAUGGUGUGUGUCUUGGCGAUCCCCUUCCUCAAGGGAGUGGAGAAGGUGCACUCCACCGCCAACGGCCGCUACAAGGACGUCCGCUUCAUCGCGUUUCUCUCCGACGAGAAGCUGACGGAGGAGAACUGCGGCGACGUGAAGGAUUACAGUGGCCCGCGUGUGAUGAGCUACGGUGAUGCUGUGAACGCGCACUUAUCUUGA